UCACUGAAUAUUCUGUUGUGAUGGCUGUGCCGGUAUUUAUUUGGAAAUACGGGAAAACUGUGAGAUUUCAAGUAAAUUUUACAACUAUGGCUGACGAAAUUACGUGAAAAGUAGCAGCCAUUUUGGUUACGUUGCAUUCCUCGGCCUCGCAACAGUGACGUGUUUAGUUUCCCUGACGGAAUUCCACAUCUUCAAGAUUAUUUUGGUUUUCCUUUCGUCUCCUCGUCUGGAUUCAUAACAAAACUCGAAGGAGUGUGAUCGACGAUGGAGCACGCUCAGAUUCAGAGCUCUGAUGGAGCCCAGGUGAUGACCCUGAACGGGCAGCAGCUUCAAGUGUUACAGAUGAAUAACGCUCCACACAUGAUACAGGGCCCUAAUGGUCAACAAAUUGUGGUGCAUGCUGUGCCAUCUAGUGCUCCUGCCAUACAGGUGGCUACACCGAGUGGUCAACAGUUGCAACAGUUGCAAGUGGUUCCUAUAUCCAACAUUCAAGCGGGCGGUAACAUACAGCCAAUGCAAUUGGUCCAAACUCCUGAUGGACAGACCUUUAUCUACCAGCCGGUGGCAGCUAGCGCCCAACCAACCAUUGAUCAACAUCAGAUCAUACAUCAGCCUACCAUGAUCAACCUGAAUGGUAAUCUAGUGCAAGUUGCGGGACUCGGCAAUGCGGUGCAGGCACAGCAGAUCGUCAACCAACCAAACCCUGUAGGACUGUUGAUGGUGAACAACAGUAAUGCCGGUGCGAGCACAUCAGUGUCGGAAGGUGCGUGCUCCUCAGGGGGCGGGGAUGAUGAGGAGCCCCUUCUGUACGUGAACGCGCGCCAGUACAAGCGCAUCCUCAAGCGACGCGCUGCUAGAGCCAAGCUGCAUGAACAGGGCAAGAUACCUAAGGAGAGACCCAAAUAUCUACAUGAGUCGCGACAUAGGCAUGCAAUGAAUAGGAUCCGAGGUGAAGGCGGCCGCUUCCACUCUGGCAGCAGGAAGCAUUACAGGAACAUGGAGAAUAUGGACCAACUCUCCGACGACCAGAAGAUGCUGCAGGACAUCAAGCCAGAUACCGUGUCUAUUACUAUCAUUCAGGACGACGAAGGCCAAGAGCAGCCCGCUCAGUGGAGGCGGCUAGCACCGCAACAGACUCUCCAAUCAGCAUAGCAUUCGUCUGAUGAGGGCGAGGAAGACGACUCGGUGAUCGAGUGAGUGGCACCAUGAACUGUGCAGUCUCGCCGUCAUUUACAUUGGACUAACAUUACUUCAAGACUCAGUGAUAAGUGCUCAGUGCUCAGUGUCCAAGAAAUACGCGGGACGAUCUUUCUGAUCUACAUUCCUAUAAUACCAAGGAAAGGACUACUUAAAGGCUGAUGUGGAUAUACUUUGUAUGUUGCAGCCUGACUAUGGAGCGACUGCCAGUCGGCUUGCUUAGUACAAUCGACAUAAUUUGAACUUGACCCACGUUAAUAAGCUUAUUUUUGGAGAGGUGUCUUUAUAUUUUUUUAUGAUUUCAUAUGACUUUUGACAUGGGUCAUGCAUUACAUUUGUCGAUUCUACAUUUGUAUUAAUUUUAAUUUUUGAUACCUGAUGCAGUGGCGGGUAAUGUCUUUCCCGUGGUCAGACUGGUUGAGGCUAGAUCCGUUUCAAUUCAAUUUUAAAAUAAAUUAAUAUUAUAAUCCAUAAGUUAAGUAAAGUGUCGUGAUUUAGGAAUUUUGUUAACCGUUGUGAUUCCAAAAUUAUGGUGUGAUCUGUUUUUAUUUGUUAACUUUUGUUAAUGUUAAUCUAUGUGGAUGGGAUUACUUUGUUUUAUGAUGAUUGUGUAAUAGUAGGCUAGUGAACUAAGUUUAAAAAUUGGUUUGCAAUACGAUAGUUUAUUUCUUGAACCCAAACAAUAUAAUUGAUUUUAAGUUUUAACAAAUUAUUAUUCAAUAUUUUGUAAGUAGCCAAAGAGGUGGGUUUUCCAAUUAUUUUACAGUUUCAGUUUUCAAGUGUUUAGACGAUUUGUAUGUAUUAUAUGUAAAUAAUUAUGUUAGUGAUAUUUUUUAGAUUACUGACAAACUUUUAUAUGGCAAUUUAAGUACAAAAUAAACAUGCACUUUCAAAAA